AUGAAUUACCCGAUCAGUCGUCCAAAUGAUGACACGGAUCGCACUUUGUGGAUGGGUGAUUUGAGCACCGACUGGGACCAAAAUUUUAUAGCAGGAGCAUUCGCACGAAUGGGUGAACAGGUCACCAAUGUAAAAAUCGUCUUCGACAAACAGAGUGGAAAGGUACGUUGGUCUUCCGAAAUUUUGCUUUUAAACGUUGAUUUGUGUUCUUCUUAA